UCCCGCCUUUCCCCUAACCUCUAAAUCUGGGGCCCCGGAGGUUCCUGGGUUAAGUUCUUCCGCCACGGAGCUGUAUUUCUCGUCCUCUCUUUACGCUUGUACUACCGAUCCCAGGCCUGUGCAGGCGUCUAGUGGGACAUGGCGAACUUGGCCUGCGAGGCCCUUCGGAGUCAGGAUGGGGAGAGUUUUCUCUACUUCGCCUAUGGCAGCAACCUGCUGACGGAGCGGAUCCACCUCCGAAACCCCUCCGCCGUGAUCUACAGCGUGGCCCGCUUGCAGGAUUUUAAACUUGACUUUGGCAAUCCCCAAGGCAAAACAAGUGAAACUUGGCAUGGAGGUAUAGCCACCAUUUUUGAAAGUCCUGGCGAUGAAGUAUGGGGAGUAGUAUGGAAAAUGAACAAAAGCAAUUUAAGUUCUCUGGAUAAGCAAGAAGGGGUUAAAAGUGGAAUGUAUGUCCCAAUAGAAGUUACUGUUUCAACUCAAGAAGGAAAAGAAAUAACCUGUCGAAGUUAUCAGAUGACAAAUUAUGAGCGUGUUCCCCCAUCACCCCAGUAUAAAAAGGUCAUUUGCAUGGGUGCAAAAGAGAACGGUUUGCCACUGGAGUACCAAAAGAAGUUAAAUGCAAUAGAACCAAAUGACUACAAAGGAAAGGUCUCAGAAGAAAUUGAAGACAUUAUCAAAAAGGGGGAAGCAAAGACUCAUUAGAACUUAAUGGAAUAUAUCUACAUAUAUUUUCUCUAUAUGCUAAUACCUUUUUAACAUUUAGAACAGGGAUCUGGGAUGUAUCUCUGUUUAAUAUGUCUCAGCAGUGUUCUGGAGGGUUAUCUCACUUGGGUGAUUCCUUGUUUUGACUGUAAAAAGACCAAGGCAGGAGUUAGACAAUUGAAAGGGGGGCUGUGAGAGGUGUUGGAAUGCAUGACAGUUAGGUGUGAGUACUCCUGUGAACCCUUAAAGUUAUUUUACUGAGUUUAUCUGAAGUGUAUUUUUGCUCUGUGACUGAAGAUAAAUUUGCAACUUAAUGAUGGUGCUGGUAAAUUGCUCAGCUCUGGGAUUUUUUAAAAUCAGCUUAAUAAGAGCAAGCAAACUGAAGAGACAAUUGAUUAUAAAAUUUUUUAAUUAUUUUAAAACUAUUUAAAAUUUUUUAAAUUAUUUUAAAAUUUAAAAGAUGGCAUAAUGUUCUUAGAGGAAUAAAUGUAUUUGUGGUUUAACCUGUAUUCUCUGCGAAAAUACUACAUUUCAUUCUAUGAGAAAGACUCACAUCAUCACACAUACUGGGUCUGGUCUUGGCCAGUCUAUACUAGUCUAUACUACUACUAUCCAGUCUAUACUAAAGGAUUAUUGCACAGACUCUGGAACCAGUAUAUUAGGGAUAGGCUGUCAGGUAGAAAGGCUGGGAAAGGCUGUCACCACUUUCUACUUGGGAAACUUUGGGUUAUUUGACUCAACUUCCUCAGCUUCCUCGCCUGCAGACUGAGGAGAGCCCAAAUAUCUAUGUGUUAGGAUCAUUUUGAGGGGUAUAUGUAUAAGCUUGGAACACAGCCUGGCAUAGAAUAAGUAUUAGUAAUCAUUAUUGUUCUUAUUGAAGGAUUAAGUUUGUACUGAGCCAUCUUUGGAACAGGAUUUUAAAGUAGAAGAGUCAAGAUCAUGAGGGAAAAGUAUUUCUUGGAAGUUAAAAUUUGAUUUCUUGGCUUAUUAAAAAAUGGUCACCUUCUUAAAUUUAUUUACUGAAUAAAUGGAAGAGAGUCAUGAAUAAAACAACACUGGUUAUCAAGCAA